CUCACCACACAGAUCUCUAGAACCAUCACUAUGAUCCAACGGUAUCCAGCACCAGACGCUCUUCUUUAACAAAAACCCUGAGAAACCAAAUUUCCAACCUUCUUCCCCUUCUUCAAUGGGCCGUCCACCACCACCAAAACCAGCUCCCAAGGCGGCGAAGGGCGGUUCGAAGAAACAAACCAAUCUAGAAAGAUCAUCAUACUUUGCUAGAAGAGAAGCUGCGAAAGUAUUGAAAAGUGUAUUACAAGGAGAUGCUAAUAAAAGAGCUGUCGGUUCUAUCAAAACCCUGAUUUAUAGUCCUACUAUAAGAAACAAGAAAGCUACUUUUGCCCUAGUAUGUCAAACCCUUAAAGAUCUUCCGAUUCUAAAGGAAGUGAUUGAAGGUGCUAAUGUACUGAAUGGCAAAUGGAAGAGGCAAGAGGAGUUGAUGUACAUUAUCGCAUACGAUAUUCUCUUUGGCCAGGCUACUGUUGUACUGGCCGGUGAUGCAGAAAAUUUUCUACUUCAGCGGAAAAAUGCUCUACAGUCAGCUUUGGCUAAGCUUUGUGUGAAGAAGAAAGUGAAAUGCGUAGAAGACUUAUUGCUCCAGUAUAAUCCAAAUCCUGAUGUCUCAAAGCCUCGAUAUGUUCGUGUAAAUACACUUAAAAUGGACUUUGAGUCUGCUUUUCUUGAAUUGAGCAAACAGCACAAGCAGGUGCAGAAGGAUGACAUAGUCCCAGACUUAUUGGUGCUACCGCCAGGGACUGAUUUGCAUGAUCACCCUUUGGUGAAAAAUGGAAGUAUUUUUCUGCAAGGGAAGGCAAGUUCCAUGGUGGCAGUUGCUCUUGGACCUCAGCCCGGUUGGGAGGUUCUGGAUGCUUGUUCAGCUCCAGGAAACAAAACUGUUCACCUUGCCGCCCUCAUGAGAGGAAAGGGAAAAAUCACUGCUUGUGAACUUAACAAAGAUCGAGUGAAACGAUUAGAGGAGACUGUUAAAUACUCCGGAGCUUCUAAUGUGGAAGUUUUGCACGGAAACUUUUUAAACAUUAGCACAGAAGACCCCUUGUACACAGAGGUUCGGGCCAUUCUCCUGGAUCCUUCUUGCUCUGGUUCUGGAACUGCUGUUGACAGAUUGGAUCAUCUUCUCCCAUCAUAUACUGCAGCUCAAGCUGCUGAUGUUGCUGACACUCCAAGGGUGAAAAACCUUGCUGCUUUCCAAAGCAAAGCUCUUGCACAUGCACUAUCUUUCCCAGCUGUUGAGAGAGUGGUGUACAGCACUUGUUCCAUCUUCCAAACCGAAAACGAGGAUGUUGUUAAGUCGGUUCUCCCACUGGCUGAUUCCCUUGGUUUUCAUCUGGAAACUGCACUUCCAAAGUGGACUCGCCGUGGUCUCCCAGUAUUUGAAGGCUCUGAACAUUUGUUAAGAACUGAUCCAGUGGUGGACAUGGAGGGUUUCUUUAUUGCACUAUUUGUGAAGAAGACUGCAGUUAGCAGCUCGGUUGUCUCACAGGAAAACGAAGACCAUGGCCACAUAAAGCAAACGAAGGAGCUUAAUGGGCAAAACCAGUAUUUGAGAAAGAAACCUGUAAGGAGGAGAUUGUUGCCCACUCGCUUUGUGAGGAUGGCAGAAAUGAUGUCGCGCUCUUAUUUGAUCCGUUGAGUACAAGAGUUGGGGUGAUUUGUAAGUCUCAUGAACCUUGUUUAGGUUUCAAAAUUUACCUAGUUAGUUCAUUUCUGUAUUACUUUUUUUUUCCUCGAAAGUAGCAUAGAUUAGAAGAAACUUAAGUAGGUUUGUGGCCUGGGUAUCUAGCUUUGUGUUUUGCAAAAGUAAUAUAGUUUGGGUGUAGUUCUCUGCUUCACGUUAUGAUCUUGUGAGAGCCUAGAGAAACUAUAGCCUUAGGUUUUGGCAACCAAUUUGCUUUAGGUGAAUACAAAAUGGUUUUCUCAGUAAGUAAACAAGUUCAAUAUAUUCUGCUAACAUAACAUUGUUGAAUUUCU